UAUCUCUCUCUCACACUUGAGUACUUCACGGGAGUGGUCGUGUCCGGUUCUGCCGAGGCUGAGUAUAUUACGGUGUAUAGUUGGUGGUGGUGGAUGGUUUUAGAGAUGGAUAUGAGGCAUUUUAGAAGUGAAUUCUUGCCCAAAACGCUCAACCCUUCUUCAACUUACCUCCAAUUUUCUCCUCUUAGACCAUUCCACAAAACCCCAAACCUAAAAUUCCAUUCACAGAAACGCUUUGCAGUUGUGUCAUUCUCCCAAAACCCUAAACCAAUUAGUGAGUUGUCAGUUUUGAGGCGGAAUCCAGCAUGCUCAAGGGAUCUCAGGUCUUAUGCUGGUCGUAGCAAGAAGUCUGGUGGUGAAGGCUCCUCUUCUGGUCGAAUUGAAGGCUAUGCUGAGUUCCGAAGACGGUUGAAGCGCAAUUCAAGGGCAAGAAGCAGGAAAUAUGCUGAGUCUCUAUUCUACCGGCUGAAAAACCCGAGGGGAGGUGGGAAUUAUCCCAAUAACUUCACUGAGGAUGAGCUCCAACAAAUUGGUCUUGGGUAUGAUCGAAUGGUUCGGUUCAUGGAGAAGGAUGACCCAAAUUUACGUCAUCCAUAUGAUUGGUACAAGUAUGGACAAUAUGGACCUUACUCUUGGCGUGGAGUUGUUGUUGGCGACCCAGUUCGUGGUCGGUUCUCGGAUGAGUGUGUGACAUUAAUCAGUGAAGUGAAGGACCAUGAGGAGUGGGAGAAGAUUGAACAAGCUGAAAUGGCUGAAGAAUAUGCGGAGAAAGUGAAGCGGUUGGAUCAAAGUAAAUUAAGGUAUUUUUGGGUAUUCGUAAGGCACCCAAGGUGGAGAAUUUCAGAGCAUCCUUGGCAGCAAUGGACAUUAGUUUGCGAAGUAGUACUUGAAGCGGGUAAGCAGAGAUUAGAUAAGUGGAAUUUGAUGGGUAGACUUGGGAGCAAGGCUAGGUCAUCGAUAGGGCAAUGUGCUGCAUGGAUGAGACCCGAUCUUGUAUAUGUGAAGAAGCCAGUGUUCCAGUGUAGGUUUGAGCCACAGGAUAACUUUUUCAAUCCAAUAAUUCCAUUACUUGAUCCUAAAACAGAGCAGGAUUAUCUUUUUGAGUUACAGAAUGAUGAUGGUAGUGUUGAGUUGUGUACUUAUUUUGGUGGAUUGUGCAAGAUUGCGAAGGUGAAUCAAAAGGCAUUUGUUGAUGAUGUGGUGAAUGCAUAUCAGAAAUUGAGCGAUGAGAAAAAGUCAAAAUGUUUGGAGUUUCUGUUGACCAAUCAUCCGGUGGAAUUGUUACAUCCAUAUACUAAAGAGUGGAAGGCUAAGUUGGAAGAGAUGGAGCUGGGUUGUGAUGCUCCUGAUGAAGAAGAUGAUGCUAUUGUUGAUGAUCCUGAAGAAACCGAGAUUCUUGAUUGGAUUGAGGAUGAAGGUAGUGAUGAUGAAGCUAACAUUACUAAUGAGGAGGAGGACGACGAAGAGGAGCUGAUUGACGAUGAUGAUGUUGAUGGCAAUGAAGACCAAGAUCUAGUCAUGGACAUGGAAGAAAGCGAAGACGGGAAAUAUGAUGGCAAUGAAGACCAAGAUCUAGUCAUGGAUAUGGAAGAAAGCGAAGAUGGGAAAUAUCAAGCCAUGGAUGAGGAUACACUUACAGAAGAGGAUGAGAAGGACUGGAACUGGAAUGAGGAGUUUCAAAAAGCAUUAAGUAGUGGAGAAGCAAUGGAAAAUCUGGCUAGGAAGACUCUUGAGUUCAAUAAGAAGUUGAGUAGGACGCAAAUGAUGAACAAAGUAGAGGAAGAGACAGUGCCCUCACUAGAUGGAGAUGAAACUUCAUUGAGAGGCAAGCGACCAAAGGUUGGUCAAGAAGAGUGGAAGUAUAUUGGGGUUGGUCCGUGGAGAAAAAGGAUUAAGAAGAGCAAAAUUCCACCAGAGCUAUUUUUGCGGUCAGUUGUUAGACCAUUCACUUACAGAAAUCUUGUUAAAGAGAUCGUUUUGACUAGGCAUGCAAUUUUGGAUGGUGAAAUUGGCAGGGGAGUUGAGAAAAAAGAGUAGACUGAAAUUUAUAAUUUUGGAGUGAUUUGACCAUGCUUCAGCAUUAUUCAAUUCCCUUCAUGUUGUUGAAGUUCAGAGAAUAGGGUAGAUUGAAAUAUUUUUAGCAACUUUUCUUUAUGCUUACCUAGUUGCUGAAAAGAAUGAAGUAUACAUAUAACAGUAUACAACAUCAAUUUUGGAUUACUUGAGAAACUAUUUCUAUUUAUUUACAGUUGUGUUUCUUGUGUGAA